AUGGACGAUCCCGUCUUCAACAUCCCAGACCUCACUGCGUCAGGCCGCAUCAGGCAGCUGUUUGCGAACGCAAAUCUCGAUGCUGCAGAUUUACACCACGGAGCUCUCCCGGCCGACAUCCGGGCAGCGCCAAACGUGGUCGAAGACGGAACAUUGAUCUUCAAGCUCAUCCAGCAGAACAAGGACCUUUACAAUAAGUUCCUCAACAAUCGUUUCUGCAAGGGAAUGGCCUACGGCACGCUUCCAUCGUCCACGUACGACGAGUUUGCCAAGCAAGACUACCUGUACCUGCUAGACGACGUCAAGUUCAAGGCGCUGCGCUUCUCCAAGCUCAACUCGCGCACGUCGUUCAGCUUCCUGCAGGUGCAGGCCGACAAGAUUGCCAGCGCGGUCAAGUACGCGGGCGAGUGGAAGCAGACGUGCAUCGACGACCUCGGCAUCCCGCCGGCCGCCAUGGGGGACAUCGAGCCCAGCGCGGCAGAGAUCGGCUACGCCAGCUUCCUGCGCAGCGAGACGGCGCUCGACGACUACCUGAGCCUCUACAUCAUCACCAUUCCGUGCGUCUACGGUUGGGGGCAAAUCGCCAAGAUGCUGGACCAAGACCCAAAGACAGACAAGAGCUCGUCCUUCUACAAGACGUGGAUCCAGCCCAACCUCGACGAGCAGUACGGAAAGCAGCUCUCUCAAUUCAUCGAAGCCAACCGGCCGCUCUACGCCUCGACCGUCAACGACGUCGAGUGGAACGACCUGUUCCGUACCGCGCUCAAGUUCGAGAUUGGUCUCUUUGACAGCGUGCUCGCGCAAGCUCCGGGGUCGUGA